AUGACCUUCGACCAAAUGGCGUUCUCGGCAUGGGCAAUGCCAACCACUGGCAGCUCACAACGGCUCGGUUUCCGGCUGUGGGCCUCGGUGGCCAUUGUCCUACUUAUCAUCUUUGUAAUCACUCCGUUUGAUAACACCCAGUUCCUUCGACCCGAGGCGCCCGGUGAGCAAGAAAAUCAUACCUACGAAGUGCUUGCAGAGUCUCAGACGCCGAGUACACUUCUCGCACAUGGGGACCGUGGCCACAUUGGACUGGUCAGCAUGGCCUACGGCAACGACACCGCCCUGUACGACCGCGCCAUUGACUCUCACGCUCGCCAUGCCGCUCGGCACAACUAUCCGCUAUAUGUUCUCCGGAGAGAAGUGGCCGAGGGAUACUGGAGCAAGACUCUAUAUCUCAUAUCAUUGCUAGUGCACGAACUCUCGAAGCCGCAAGACACACGCCUCGAGUGGCUCAUGUGGUUUGAUGCAGACAGCGUUGCUAUCAACCGGGAGAUACCCUUGGAAGUCUUCGUCCCAAACAUAUCGGACAAAGUGUUUGAGGAUACUAACGUGGUCAUUGCCCACGACGAAUGGGGCAUGAACACGGGGAUCUUCUUCACCCGUGUGCAUCCUCGGUCGGUGACCAUCUUGACCAAAGCCUUCGGCUACCCUAUUUGGCGACCGGAAGAAGACCUAGAACAUGCCUAUGAUCAGAGAGCUCUCGAUCUUACAAUCUGCUCGGCAGAAUUUCAGAGGCACGUCCUCUGGGUUCCCCGACCAUUCUUCAAUGCCAGACAUGAGGAAGUGGUCACGGGCACCAUGUUUGCUCAUUUCUAUUCAGACGCCAAGCGACCUGAACAUAUGCAAGAGUGGCUAUGGAAGCUCGAGGCCGGCGAGGACUCCGACAUGCAGGUUCCUUACGACACCUCCUAUUAUCCUGCACUUGUCAACGACUUCUGGGCCGCAGCUCGAGAGUGUCGCACCCUCGUCACCCUGGGACAGGAGUCGCUGAAGACCGUGCACGACGACGGACACAGAAAGAUCCUCCAGAACAACUUGGACCGGCUAGACAGUGCAUGUAUCUGGAAGACAGAAGACGUGGAAAGUCUCAAGGCCAUCAUCCAAGAAGUCAAACUAGCGACUCACUGGUGA